AUGGCGGGCGCGGGGCUGGACGCGUCGCUGUCGCUGCUGGAGGCGGAGAGCAGCCACGGGGGGGCGGCGGCGGCGGCGAGGGGCCCGGAAGAGCAGGAGGAGCUGCCCAUGGUGUUCCUGUGCGCCGGCUGUAAGCGGCCUGUGGGGGACACACUGGGCUGGGUGGCCAACGACGAGGAGACCGGCUGCGUCCUGCUGCGCAGCGCCUCCCCCAACGUCUCGGUGGAGAAGGAGCAGAAACUCUCCAGCCGGCCCGGCGAGUGCGGAUGCAUGAUUGAAACUUUAUUCUGCUCUGGCUGUUCAAUGACCCUUGGGAACAUCUACAGAUGCACCCCAAAACAUCUUGACUAUAAGCGAGACUUAUUUUGCUUCAGUGUUGACUCUAUUGAAAGUUACAUCCUAGGAUCCUCAGAAAAACAAGCUGUAACUGAUGAUGAACCUUUAACUCUUGAAAGUCGAGCUGGCUUAGAAGAGGCAAUAGAAAGGGCAGAAACCAUACUGAAAGCACUGGAGGCAAGACUGUCUGUAGUUGAAUCAAGUUUUGCAUCACGUCAUAACAGCUGAAAGAAACUUCACGUAUGUAGCUUAUUACUGGGAACACUUCAUGGAAAGCUUGCUUUCAUAAUCUCCAGAAUCUGUUGGAGUGCUGCAAAAGCCUUCCAGUGAAUAGCACAAAAACUUCAUCAGUCUUUCUAAUGGAAUAAAACACUGACUUGUGGGAUGAUGUAUGUAAAAUUAAAAUAUUCCCUUCUGCUGACAUCCAUGCUACCUUUAUAUUUGGUGUGUGUGUGUGUGUGUGUGUGUGUGUGUGUAUAUAUAUAUAUAUAUUUGUUUUCUGUCUCCCUGCCCAUGCUCUGGGUAACUUCUACUUAAAAGGGUAGUUAAAUAGAUUCUCCUG